AUGAUCUCUGAAAAUGGCGACCCAUUUGAUGGGGCUUCCCCAAACGUAUCUCACCUGCAAGAAGCUGACAGUUACGAUGAUCUGCUCGGUGUCCAAGUUCACAUUGAAGAUCUCGAUCUACCAAUGCCGGAAUCCCAGGAAGAACUCGUCCAAUCUACACCAGGACUUGACAACGAAGCCGUGUCAGAUAUUUUCACGGAAAAUUCCAAGAUAGAAGCACUAGCCCAGAGCAAAGAUACUGCCGCGGACAUUCUGCCUGGUUUGACGCCACAGCCAUGCAAGGUCUUUGCCUCAGAGCCCCGUGACGUGGUGACUGUCAAGCCUGCAGUCAAAGAGAACGAUACGGCGGAGCCAGAGAAGUCGAAGCGCAGCAGUGUGCUAGUCAAGUGCGAGAAGGGCACACCAAACCCCAUGCUCGCACAGCAUGUAUCUGCGAAGAAAAUCCCCCCGGACGAACUUUCGUCGCCGAACGGCUUCAUCUGCAAUCGCGUCCUUGAGCUCUCUGAUACGGGUGAUGAAACCCUCAUCAAAAAGGAGGACAACGAAGAUCCUUUAACUUGGACCAGCAUGCCAGAUGAUAUCAUCUCCAUCUCCGAUAGUGAUGAGGAUCACGACACUCUGAUGCUGCAUUCAGAUGGAAGCUCAGUGCCCAUCAAAAAGGAGGACAACGAAGAUCCUUUAACUUGGACCAGCAUACCAGAUGAUAUCAUCUCCAUCUCCGAUAGUGAUGAGGAUCACGACACUCUGAUGCUGCAUUCAGAUGGAAGUUCAGUGCCCAUCAAGAAGGAGGACGAUGAGGUCGAGUUUCUUUGGGCGAAUAUGGGUGAUCGUGUGAUUGAGCUUGAUUCCGACAGUGAGCCAAGUGCUACUUCGAAGCUUAAUCUCGGGAAGUCAUUCCUGAAAGGAAUAAACCCGAAAGGCAGGCGUCCACCCAUCGACCUUUUAGGAGCCAGGCGAGCACAGGAAGCCUAUCUCCGGGCUCAUCGACAUAACCAUGAUAUCCCCGAACCCUCGGCGUAUCAAGGAGUGCUUAAUGGACUUGGGCUUCAAGUAUCGAAGCGGUCAGAUCUUUCUGUUGACGACAACGGGUCCGCCUGGAUGAACACUGAAUAUAUCUCGGACGAAGACACUGGCAGAAACUUUCGAGCUCUCAGAAAGAGCUACAAUUCCAAAGUCCGAAAGAACAUCAAUACACUGGAUGAUGACAUCAAAUUUGUAAAAGCCGAAAAGGCGGAGAAUCUCCGACUCGCGAGGCUCAAGGCUGAAUAUGAAGAUGCUCGCGGCUACAGCGACGACGACAAUUCUGACGACGGUCUCUUUGUAUCGCCUUCAUCAGCGAGAACUUCUCGUCCGAAGAGACGCGCAGCUGAUGAUCCCAAUGCGGAAAAUGAGAUCUCGGAUUCUCGGACCCCAAAGCACCACAAGCCAAACAACAGCCGUAAACGAACUCAGCACGAACUAGAUCAGGAGCAAGAAUUCAACAUGAUGGCGGGAGUUCAAGGCGUUAUCCGCAAGAUCGAAGAAGAAAAAGCUAAAAAGUCGGGAAAGAAAGGCAAGGGCAAAUCUGGUAGAAAUGCCAAAGCUGGUAAGAAGGAAGGUUCGAAGAGAAUAAGACGCACGCCUAACGAACGUGGAUACCUGAACGAUUCGAAUAGUCUUCUAAACAGCAAUGUCUACGAAGACGCAGAUGCGAACCUCAAUCGAGAAGCACUGCCUGUUUCUGGGCACACCCACAAGCAGAAAGCACUCGCCGCGCUUGUUGCCAGUGUCCCUCUUGGAACGACGAAAAAAGAUGCCGUGGCCGAAAAGAACCAUAUCUUGAAAUCGACUGUGACCCUUGGUAGAAAUAUCAAAGGGGCUUGCAAGGCAGAUGGCGCAAACGGCUGGAAACUUAAGGGCAUGAAGUCAUCGCUCCACCAUCAUCAAGUACAAGGAGUAGCUUUUAUGAAGAAUCGAGAGACCGGCGGCGAGGAGCCAUUGGGUGGCAUAUUAGCGGACGCUAUGGGUCUUGGUAAGACUAUUAUUACGAUUGCCAAUUUAAUAGGUAAUAAAUAG